GAAGAACGUUUCUAGCUGAGGGAACCACUUUUUUGCUUGUAUUCUACGGUGUGAAAAGGGGAAGACGGACUGGAAACAGUGACGGACACUAACAACAUGGCGGCGCUCAUGGACACGAGAAUAUUGAUAAGAAAAAUUCAAGAUUUACGUGCACUGACACCCCGACGAAAUCGUGUGAAAACUAAAUGGGCUGGCUCCCUGCCAAAGUACCCCCCCACCAACCUGGCCCUUCAGCACUUCGAUGCUACUUACAAACUACAGCUGGGAAGAGAGUGGCCCUCGGUCCGUGCCAGUAUGCUCUGUGAACAGAAGUAUGGAGCUCUAGUGAACAACUUUGCCACCACAGAAGGGUUCAUGGCUCACCUGCAGUCUCAAGGAUGCCAAGACUUUGUCAGCUGUACAGUUCGUGAAGGAGCCCAGGAAAGACUGCAGACGGCUGCAUCCACUCAUGGCAACACCUCAUCACUCGAGUCAGUUGUUGACGAUCAAGACAUAGUUCCAUCCGGCCUUAGCCCGAAUAUCAAGUGCUUAGUUUUCCCAAGGGGGGACAUCUCCCGAUUCAAGCCUUCCAGACCCGACAAGUAUGGGUUGCUUGGUUACUACCUGAUGGAUGCGGCGUCCAUUUUGCCUGCCCUGGCUCUGGAUGUCCAGGAGGGACACACCGUGCUUGACCUCUGUGCUGCCCCUGGGGGCAAGGCCUUAGCCCUGCUCCAGACACAGGCCAUACGAUUUCUGUGUGUGAACGACAUCUCAGCGAGUCGUACGCUGCGCCUCCGCAGGGUCCUAGACCGCUACGUUCCCAAAGGCCUGUUGGCGGGAGACAAACUGCGCAUCACUUCCUUCGAUGGCAGGAAGUGGGGGGAAAUUGAGAGAGACACUUUUGACAGAGUUCUUGUUGAUGUUCCCUGCACUACAGACCGACACUCUGUCAUGGAGGAGGAGAACAACAUCUUCAACAGGGCCCGGACAAAAGAGAGACAGAGGCUGCCCCAGCUGCAGCUAGAACUGCUCCUGGCUGGUAUCCAGGCAGCAUGCCCCGGGGGGGUGGUCCUCUACUCCACAUGCUCCCUGUCCCAGCUGCAGAACUGGUAUGUGGUGGACCGGGCCAUUCACUUGGCCCGGGAGGAACUAGGCAUCAGCUUGCAGGUAGCUGACCUUCGACCUCUCACACAACUCUUUAAGGACACCUUCAACUUUGCACCCGACCUCAACUUGGGACAGCUGGUCUUGCCCCACCUAACGGCUAACUUUGGGCCCAUCUAUAUGUGCAAACUGCAGAGGUUGAACUAGAACUGAAAACUUCGCUUCAUCUUAAUAUAUUCCUUUUUAAUCCCAUUGCAUAUACUUUACCUAUAGUUUCCCAGGCACAGAUGAAGCCUAAUCCUGGGCUAAUAAUAAAGCUAGAUGAAAAGUCUACAUGGGAAUAUGUUUUUUUGUCCUGGACUAGGCUUAUUCUGUGUAUUUGAAACAGCCCUUAAUUGUGAAGCACAACAAAAUAAAAACACAGGACUGUA